AUGAGGUCAGGAACAUACAUUACCUUAUGUGCAGCAGCAAUUCUGGUGAUGGUGUUUGCCGGAUCGCAGGUGGCUACGGCGGUGACAUGCAUGGUGACGGAGUUGGCGCCGUGUGCCGCUGCCUUCUCGUCAUCCUCGCCACCAUCUCAGCAGUGCUGCACAAAGCUGAAAGAGCAGAGGCCAUGCUUAUGUCAGUACAUGAAGAACCCUAGUCUCAAGAGUUACGUUGUUUCUCCUAACGCCCAGAAGGUUGCCACCUCUUGUGGGCUUUCCACUCCCAAGUGUUAA